GAAACAACAAGGUCCUGAGUUUUUCAGUUCAUUGAACCCCCAAGAAAAAGAAAUAGAUCGAUAGACGAGAAGCGAGCAGAAAAUAUGUCGAGUAAUGGUGCGUUGAAGGAAGCAAAGGUCCCUUUGGUUGAAGAUUUAGGUCCGGCUGAAGGAUUGAAAGGUGAACAAGAUGAUCAAAACCAAUCCCUUAGGAGACGGGUAUGGAUUGAAUCAAGAAAGCUUUGGCAGAUAGUUGGCCCUGCAAUCUUCAGCCGCCUUGCCUCUUACUCCAUGCUGGUUAUCACUCAAGCCUUUGCAGGCCACCUUGGGGAUCUCGAGCUUGCUGCCAUUUCCAUUGCAAAUAAUGUCAUCGUGGGGUUCGACUUUGGCCUCCUGUUGGGGAUGGCGAGUGCUCUCGAGACCCUGUGUGGCCAAGCCUUUGGAGCAAAGAAAUACUACAUGUUGGGCGUAUACAUGCAACGUUCAUGGAUUGUUCUUUUCCUAUGUUGUAUUUUGCUUUUGCCUUUGUAUCUCUUUGCUUCCCCGGCGUUGAAACUAUUGGGACAGCCGCAAGAUGUGGCGGAGCUAUCGGGGAUCGUUUCUAUGUGGAUGAUACCGCUUCAUUUCAGCUUUGCGUUUCAGUUUCCCCUGCAAAGGUUCUUGCAGAGCCAGCUUAAAAACAUGGUGAUUGCAUGGGUUUCCCUGGUGGCUCUCUUGGUCCAUAUCUUCAUAAGUUGGGUGUUUGUGUAUAGGCUUCAGCUUGGGGUGGUUGGGACUGCGGUUACCUUGAAUUUUUCUUGGUGGAUUUUGGUUUUGGGACUCUUUGCCUACACUGUUUGCGGAGGGUGUCCUCUUACUUGGACCGGUUUCACCAUUGAAGCAUUUUCUGGCCUUUGGGAUUUCAUCAAACUCUCAGCCGCCUCUGGAGUCAUGCUUUGCUUGGAGAACUGGUACUAUAGAAUAUUAAUUUUGAUGACCGGAAAUCUCCAAAACGCAGAGAUAGCCGUUGAUGCUCUGUCCAUAUGCAUGUCAAUUAAUGGAUGGGAAUUGAUGAUACCAUUCGCAUUCUUUGCUGGAAUCGGAGUUAGGGUGGCAAAUGAGCUUGGAGCUGGAAAUGGGGAAGGAGCCAAGUUUGCAACAAUAGUUUCAGUGGUGACAUCAGUUAUAAUUGGGAUCUUCUUCUGGUUGUUGAUUAUGAUAUUCCAUGAUAAGUUUGCUCUCAUAUUCUCCACAAGCCAACCAGUUUUGGAAGCAGUAAGCAAGCUCUCACUUCUCUUAGCCUUCACCAUUUUGCUCAACAGUGUUCAGCCCAUUCUAUCUGGAGUGGCAGUGGGGUCUGGAUGGCAAUCCUACGUGGCUUACAUAAAUCUGGGUUGCUACUAUCUCAUAGGGGUUCCACUAGGAUUCUUGAUGGGAUGGGUCUUCCACCUAGGAGUAAUGGGAAUUUGGGCUGGAAUGAUAUUCGGAGGGGCAGCAGUUCAGACGGCGAUUCUUGCGUUUAUUACAAUGCGGUGUGAUUGGGAGAAGGAGGCAGAAAAGGCAAGGUUGCACGUGAGGAAGUGGUCAGCGAUAAACUAAUGAUUAAUCAACACACUUUUUAUAGUGACCCGAAUGGCCUUCAUCAUCUUUUAAUUUAAGAGGGCCUACUAUAUUUUGAUUCACAAUUACAAGUAUUAAAAGAUUGAAAUCCUUUGUUUGUAAUAUUUGUUUUCUCAUUGCUGGUACAACCAUCUUUGUAAUUUUCUUUAUUUUUCGAAUGAAAUUGCUAAAGUGAUGUUCAAGUGUAAA